UGAUGAAAAACCCGCUCUAUUUUUAACAUUACAAACAGAGUAAUUUAUGUGUUAAAGCUUUGCUGUUGUUGGUGCUUUGUUGUGUUUAAAUAGGCACCCAGAACCCGGGAAGUAAAUCACAGACUCACAAUGCAGAAAGAAAGAGAAGAGUUUCUUGUGGAGGAGGAGUACAAGAAGGGGACCGGCAUAACGGAGGCCGACGUCAGGGAGCUCCGGUUAUGGCUUAAGACGCAGCCACAUCUGCCGGAGAAGUAUAUCACAGAUCUGGACUUAAUCCUGGCGUACCACGCAUGCAACCACAGCACCGGCAUCACUAAGCAGGUGCUGGAUCUCCACUUCACGCUAAAGACGCUGUUCACGCCCUACUUCGGGGACAGACGCGUGGACAAUGAAAUUGAAACAACUUGUUCAAAUGUUUUAUUGACCCCGCUCCCGACCAGAACCAAGGAAGGACAUGUUAUACUGUACGGCCAUCUCAUGAAUUACGAUCCCAAAUAUUUUAAUCUGCAAGAGAUUAUCAAAGCCACUUUUAUGAUAAUUGACAUAUGGCAACACGAAGAAGGAACAUGGCCUGGCCUGCAUCUAGUAAUUGAUUUCCAAGGAGCCACCUUGCGACACAUCGCUAAAUUUGAUCUUAUUAAUAUACAAAGAUUUCUGUACUUUUUACAGGAAGCUAUUCUACUGAGAUUAAGGGGUUUACAUUACAUCAAUGCACCGACCUUUAUCGACAAGCUGUUGGCGAUGGUAAAGCCGUUUAUGAAAAAGGAACUACUGGAUAUGCUCGGGGUGUAUCCUACUGGCUCUGAGGAUCUUCCAAAAUAUAUACCGUUACAAGCGCUACCAAAGGACUUCGGCGGCAAUUACAAGAGCUCUCAAGAAUGUCUUGAGGAUGUACUGGCAAUGCUACGACGUAACAAACGUUUCAUCGAGGAAGAGAACAAGAAGAGAGUUACCGAGUUGCUGCGACCUGGCAAGCCCAAGACCAUAAGCGACAUAUUUAGCGGAGUCGAAGGAUCCUUUAAAAAGCUUGAGAUUGACUGACUCAACUGAGAAGUCCGUUUUGCCUGUUGUUCUCAUGCGAAAUAAUAAAUUGUAAUUAGAUAGUUUGUAGAUAUGGUAUAACUAAAAGAUGCGAAUUUUGUGUUUUUGAAAUUUAUUUGCCACCGAAGUUACAGGAGAUAUUAGUUCCAAACUUCUCGUGUCUAAGAUCAGAUUAGGAAGGACCUCCAUCCAGCCAUUUAAUAGAUAUCAAGUAUAUCAAUCUUUAUGUUGGUAUAAAAAAAUAUAGCGCGGGUAAAAACUCAAACGGAAUUCAAAAGUUUUCGCAGAGACAACCAGAGGUUAGGCCAAGUGCCUAAGAAGUAUAAAACUUACAAGACUUACAUAUUUCCAGUAGGUUUUCCGUGAUGCACGAAGUCAAAACCUCUUUAAUUUUACCUAUAAGUCUAUAAGAAAACAUUAUAAGUAAGUGAAAAAUAAGGGCUCCUUUGGACGUAAUGACGGCUAGAUUAUGGGUACCACAACGUCGCCUAUUUCUGCCGUGAAGCAGUAAUGUAUAAGCAUUAUGGUUUUUCGGUCAGAAAGGCGCCGUGGCUAGUGAAAUUACUGGGCAAACGAAACUAAAUAUUUAAUGACUCAAGGACAUGAGCGGAAUUGUGGUGCCACAGACAAUUUUUGGAUAUUACAAGAACCUUGAGCGGCACUGCAUUGUAAUAGGCACGGCGUAUUUUAAAAAACAUUUUUAAAUAAUCAUAAUACUCAAGUCUUGACAGAACAAUAAAUAGUCGACGUGUCUAUACUUUGGAUAUUUUUCCAAAAACCGUAGGUGAUAAAGGGAGUUGCACACAAAAAUGCAAAUUUUAACAAAAUUGUCCGUCUGUCUGUUUUCUUAAACACGCUAAUCUCUGGUACUACUCGACAGAUUUUCAUUAGACUUUCACGAAUGCCUUCCGUGUAAAUCAUGGAGCAAUAUUUAGGCCGUAUUCGAUCAAAAUCGUUGCACGGAAAAAACAUAUUUGUGUAGGGAUUCGCGGGCACUACUAUUAAUAAAUAAAAAAUACUUUUAAUCAUUAAUCCAUUAAACUCUAUACGCCUUCUCGCACUUGCCUACCCAGCAGAAAUAGAAUUUUCUAGCUUAUUUUAGCGACCUUCCAAAUAAUACCUACUUACCCAUUCCGU